UUUGUUGCAGCUAUUUCUUAUUUACACUCUUACACCCUCUUUACGAUUUCCUUCUACCCAUGCCUCGUGCUCUCGUCUAUGGCGGCAAGGGCGCUCUGGGCUCUGUCUGUGUUAAUCAUUUGAAAUCCUUUGGUUACUGGGUGUGUUCUAUUGAUUUGGGUGAGAACAAUACAGCUGAUGAGAAUGUUGUCGUAAGGCCAUCAGAGUCAUUUGAAGAGCAAAGCAAACAAGUACUUGAAUCAAUCAGAGAAAUCAUCAAAGAUACUGAAAGGCUUGAUGGCAUAUUUUGUGUCGCUGGAGGAUGGGCCGGUGGAAACGCUAUAAGUAAAGAUUAUCUCAAGAACUGUGAUCUUAUGUGGAAACAAAGUGUCUGGUCUUCAUGUAUCGCUUCGUCUAUCGCCGCUAAUCAUUUGGCCUCAGAUGGCGUCCUUGUUUUUACGGGUGCCCAGGCAGCACUCACAGCAACACCUGAUAUGGUUGGAUAUGGUAUGGCAAAGGCUGCUGUUCAUCAUCUCACAAAAAGUCUUUCUGGGGCUAAAAGCGGAAUUCCAUCUUCGGCUUGUGUCACUGCAAUUCUUCCGUAA